CUUGGCGUUCGCAUAAUGCGAUGGACGCUGCUGGUCGCACCCUCGGCGCCAUGCCUCGCCCCACCCCGCCCCGCCCCGCCUGUAUUCCGCACACCGCGAGCUAGGGCGUUACGUGAGGAGCCUCUGGUCGCGCCGCCCUGCGCGUCCUGCGCGUCCUGCCGCGCGUCCUGCGGCGUCUCUCUGCUACGUGCCGUCCGCCAGCUGGCGCGGCCCGCGCGGCAGGAUCUUGUCGCUUCCUGCGGAACAACAACAACAGUCGGCAGCAACAGUCGGGCGCACGCCACGGACAAGGCUCACCCCAAGUACUCGUUCAACUACGGCGUCAAGGACCCGCACACGGGCGACAUCAAGAACCAGUGGGAGACCCGGGACGGCGACGUGGUCAAGGGCGAGUACUCGCUGGUGGAGGCGGACGGCUCGGUGCGCACCGUGACCUACACGGCCGACCACCACAACGGCUUCAACGCGGUCGUCAAGCGCACCGGGCCCUCGUACCACCCCGUCGCCUACAAGCAGCACCGCUACGAGGAGCCCAUCCACCACACGGUGGCCGUCGCCAAGCCCAGCUACUACGCGUCGUACCCGAGCAGCCCGUCGUACUCCGCGUACUCCGCCGGCCAGGACCACUACGACCACGAGGACGCCGCCUCCUCCGCCUCGACCCGCAGCGAGGCCGCCAGCGCCGGAUCGCUCCACCGCUCCUCCGCGCAGCUGUCGCCCGCGCCUGCCGCCGCCUCCCUGUACUACAACAUCCUGGCGCAGAUGCAGCACCUGGCCUCCCCCAAGAGGAAGAGGGUGGCGCUGCCUCAGUGAGGCGGACGCGACGUUAUAGGGAGCAGUCGGAUUUCAUGAAAUUGUAAUUUUGUGUUUUACUCUCUUGUCACAUGAGCACUCUGCCCAUCAUACAACCAAAGAUUUACUUCUUUAUAGAAAGCGGCUCUUGCUGCAAUAUUCUUGAAACUGUGCUCUGUGUAACUGUGCUAAAAAUUACCUCUCGGACUUUUCUGUGUGGUUGGCGGCUGGUCACCCGUAGACUAGCUGCGGGUGACUGCGUCUGUGUAUAGUAGUGUCUAUUUAUUUCCCGAUAGGCGCCAGAAGGUGAGCGCGGCGAAGGUACUUACUAAAAUUCACUGGUCUUGUCUUGAUUGAAGUCGUGAGCUCAAAAUUUACCACGGCAAUAAACUAGUUGGGGGAACAUUCUCAACCCUCUAGCUUAUGUAACGAAAGCGUGUGUAAUCAAACCGUGUGCGUUUGUGUGUCCUUGUAAAGUGUGAUAUUGUAGUCGGCUGGACUAUAGCCGAGCUGUUGUUAUUUUUUGUUAUGUUUUAAUAAAGUCUUUUUUGUUUUUAUAA